AUGCGCCCAUCAGCCCUCAUCCUCGCCGGCCUCGCGGGCAGCACCGCCCUCGCCGCCGCCGAGAUCACCCUCUCCAACGGCGCGACGACCACAAUCGGCCUCCCGGCCUGGCCCUCCUCGUCCGACUCAGCGGGCGGCGGCACCGUCGUGAUCGGCUCCGACACCACCACCACGACCGUCUACCCCUCGUCGAGUGACGUCGUCUCGUCGGCUAGCAACUCUCUUGUUGCGGCCCCAUCAACCGAGCCCCACGGCAACGCGACGGCGAGCAGCUCCGCCACGGCCACGACGUCGCCGGUGGCCGUGCCGACCGCAUCCGCGGACCGGCUUGCGCUCGAGGGCCCGACGAUGAGCCUAGUGGUGUUUUGCGUUCUGGGGCUGUUUAUGCUCUGA